UGUGAGCCAGCACACUGAGUUCCGCACCGCGCGAAGUUCGAACAGCCCUCCACCCAUCACGCUCCCCACCAGCCCACAUCCUCCUCCUCCCCUUCUCCCUCGCCAUCUCUCUCUACACUGCCACUCCUUUGCCCUGUGCAAGAUCCUUGCCACUAUAUCUACUGCAUUGGUCAUCGACACUGCCAUAUAACACACUGUCUUCCCAACGCUUGAUGCCGUGUCUCGUUGCUCGCCUGUACCGCUAAACAUGACAUCGCGUCAAGUUGAGUCCAAGUCCCAGCUUCAGGCCGCACAGAAGCUGCAGAUGGCUGCAUCUGCGGUGGCCAUCGAGCAGAAGCAGCCCUUCUUCAGUCCUCAGCUCACGUCGUACUUCAUUGCGGGCGGCCUCGCCGGCGCCGCAUCGCGCACGAUGGUUAGCCCUCUCGAGCGUUUGAAGAUUAUCCAGCAGGUACAGCCGACCACCGCAGAGGGGCAGUACAAGGGCGUGUGGGCGAGCCUCGUGCGCAUGUGGCGGGAAGAGGGCUUCAGGGGCUUUAUGCGCGGAAACGGAAUCAAUUGCCUGCGCAUUGUACCAUACAGUGCGGUGCAAUUUGCGACAUAUGAGCAGUUGAAGAAGUGGCUCACCAAUUAUGGAGCGACACAGCUCGAUACCCCGACGCGCCUCACGGCAGGUGCACUAGCAGGCAUCACAUCGGUCUGCUCGACAUACCCACUCGACCUUAUCCGCUCCCGGCUCUCCAUCGCGACCGCAUCCAUCCCAAUUCAGCAAUCCGCGCCCGUCGCCUCUACCCGCUCCUCCCAGCCUUCGCUCGCGUCCGCGUAUCAUACUGCCUCGGCAGCGCGCGCGCUCACCCCUGGGGAGCUGACGGUGUGGGGGAUGACGCUCAAGGUGAUGCGCGAGGAGGGAGGCGUGCGCGCGCUUUACCGUGGAAUCGUCGCCACCUCGGCGGGCAUUGCGCCAUACGUCGGGAUCAACUUUGCGGCGUAUGAGGCGCUGCGGGGCGUUGUCACACCGCCGGGAAAGAGCAGCGUUCCGCGGAAGCUGCUCUGUGGCGCAUUGGCUGGGUCGAUCUCGCAGACGCUGACAUAUCCGUUUGACGUGCUCCGCAGGAAAAUGCAAGUGACGGGCAUGGGUUCGAUGGGGCUGAAGUAUACCGGGGCACUGGAUGCACUUAGGACCAUUUUGAGGACGGAGGGCCCGAGGGGGUUGUAUAGGGGACUGUGGCCGAAUCUCCUCAAGGUCGCGCCGAGCAUCGCAACGUCAUUUUUCACAUACGAGCUCGUGAAGGAGUUCUUAGGCGCGUCAUGAUCGUGAUCGCCGGAAGCACUUUGCAUAGGGGAAUGAUGAGGCCGGUGAGUCUUCUAGGCUGAUGAGGGUGAGGUUGCGGAAGGGCGAGAUGAGAUGAGGAGUGAGGUGCUGUCGCAGUCGGCAUUCCUUGGACGCCGGAGUAGGUGGAUCAGGAUCAAUGCGCGAUGAAGUGUGACGGGUAGUUUGUGGUCCAUGAGAUCGAAGGGAGGUUGGAUGAGGCAAUUGAAUCUGGUUCCAUUGGAGUGAAGAUGAUACUAGACCUACGUCCGUUGGCAUACCUGAUAGAUUACAGUGAGGCUGCGCUAUUAUAGGGCGCGGCCGUGGUACCAUAACAUUAUUGUUUUGUCAAUCAGCGGAGCUAUGAACGUUGGGCCCGAAAUAGAGUAUGUAGUACAAUUAUACAGGCAUCUCGGAUCUGUCAGAUUCAUGAAUGGAUCACAGUGUGAUU